UAAUUAUGAAAAUCUUAAAUCAAUUACUUUAUGUACUCCAUUAUUAAUAAUCCAUUAUUAAUAAUUCAAACUUUUUUUGAAGAUGUCUGGACAUGGAAUGGGUAAACCGGAUAUGAUUAAGGCGAGAAAUAAGGAGAGAAUGGAAGGUCGUCGGUGUAGACUUACGGCGACUGGUUGGAAGGAAAAUGAAGAAAAAAAUCCACCUAAGGUUAGAAGGAAGAAGAAGAAGGCGGAUGUAGUGCGUUCUGACGACCACCCUACUGUGGGGCAGUUGUCUCUUAGUCGAGGUACUACCAGUACUCCUACACCAGAGAGCGCACCGGUAUGGCAGGCUAAUUGGAGUGAUUCCAUUAACGAGGAUGAUGAUGAUGACGGUGAUGCUGAGGUUGGGAAUGCCCCAGAUGCUGGUGAUGCUGCUGGUGAUGCUGAGGUUGAGGAUGCCCCACCUCAAGCUGAUUUAGGCGUGGGCAAGACGGCGCGGGUCGGGAUAUCUUCUACUGCCUCCUCACACUUCCGUGGGCCUGAUGGACGCUAUGCGUCCAGACCUAGUAGCAAGGAAGGCAGAGAAGGAAAUAGGAAGAUGAAGACCACGAGGAAAGAUAUGUCGUGGGUUCUUACAUCCGAGUCUCAGAUGUGUUCAGGUGGACCAGUGAUUCCCGAUGUGAUCCCUAGUUUUGGAGGUCACAUUGGCUUUGUACUGUGGACUUCUCCUGAGCAGGACCGUGGAGUGUUGGACGGCUUCCAUAGGCCGAAAGCUAUAGAGACUUUGAGGAGAUAUAAGUGGAGUGCAGAGGGUUCCAACGAGAUGGUUGAAGCCACAGGAUAGUCUCACUUGACAGGGUGCAUGAUGCAGCAUUUAGACAUGGCUCUACUGUCGGCAUUUGUGGAGAGGUGGCAUCCGGAAACAAACACCUUCCACAUGC